AAUAACGAUGAAUCGUAUGGCAGACGUUGAUCACAGUAAUGGAUUUGCCCUUCACUGUGCACUCUUUAACAAUCUCUGUUGACCACUGAUUUGUGUUACCGGUAGUAAUGUGAAUACCUGUUACACCAGGAACACGUGAUCUUUCAAAAGGAGAAUAUCGCUGGUGUGGAAUAAUCAUCAGACGACGGACUUUAGUGACAAACGGUCAUGACCUUCCACAGUGAGAUUACAGGAGAACCUACAACAGACAUCUUUAAAAUGUUCCUCUUUAUUGUAAACUCGAGAGGUGAGCUUAACAAGUCCACGUAUUUUCGAACGUGGCGUCAAAAUACAACCGAAAGAUAAACUAAAAUCCGUAUAAAGUGUACUACAAGGGUCAUGAUAAUGGCGAAGACUUCUCAGUCAUCGAAGUGAGGCCAAACGUCGCUCUGAGAUUACAGAGAUUGCGUUGUGUACGAAGGAACGACCAGGAAGAUGCCCUGCGUCCAUUGCCAGGGCGGAAGGAGCAGUUACCGCGCGGACAAACCUCGACGACGACGGUCAGAAUCUACUCCCGAGAGAUUGCUACUGAGCCUGCACUGCGGUCACAAUGUCUCAGGGAGAUGCGACAGUAACAGAAGCGGUCACCAGCGGCGGUUCACCGAGGCUUGUGAUCAAAGCUGGUCAGCUCGGCCUGCUCCAUCGUGCAGCUGCCAGACAAUGGCGUGCAACAAGUCAUGGAAGCACACGGCAGUUCGUGAGGGAUCCUUAUGCAAGACAGCUGCUUCGACUGUGUCUGGCAGGCUUCCUGAAGGCGAAGAGCUGUGCUGCAGCCAUUGCAGGAGCGGGCAGAGGAUUUGUCACAAGCAGGGAGACGAGGGGCAGUGCGGUGCCAAGCCCCAGUCCUUGUGCGAAUGCGGUGACAGUUUUGCUGGAUCAGUCGCCAACAAAGCUAUUCUUUUUGAGGAAAGUUCAAAGCAAAACCAUGAAAGUUGCGAUAAAGACAAAGGCGAGGCCAUGCAGGCAAUGACUUCUGAAGCACUCCCAAAACAGAACAAAGGGGUUGCGACAAACACUUCCAGCAGCAAACAAGAUCAGUCUGAGAACAACGCCAAGAACGCGACUUUUGAAGACAGGGCCGUGAAGAAUAGCGAAGAAUGCAGCCACUGUAGGGAUGAAAUGUCUGUUGGCUGGAAAAAUAGAAACGAAAACCGCCGUCAAAUGAGUUGCCCAUGCGAGAACUUUGAUUCGCUGGUUGCAAAUGCUGAAGAGCCGAAGUCAACUUCACAUCGACAUUGCAGAAUGAUUGCCUACGUCACCAGAUUGAGCAAGGAACACGACCAUUUUAGCACGGACGGCGGCAUCCGCACUCAGACCAGAGGAAAAUCGCGGAAGAUGAACCCGGCGCCGUCAUGUGUUGUGCAGCCCAGGUGCGGUGCAAACAGCCAAACGUCAUUGGAGAACGAUGAUGGCGAUGAAGAUGACGUGGACGACGACGAAGAAGAAGACAGCGAUGAAGAUGACGGCUCCGCUGACGAGAUGAGGGCGAGGAGCAGCCAGCAUGGAGCCACCCUCACUGCCAACUUGUACGACCUCUGGCGGGAACGCCGUAUGUGUGACGUGGCGCUGCGAGCGGAGGACGAGGAGGUGCUGGCUCACAAGCUGGCCCUCGCCGCCUUCAGCUCCACCUUCGCUCACCGCUACUGCGAGGUCAAGGGAAGCGACGGCAAGUUGCUGCACAUCGACGUGCCGGGCACCACGGCGGCGGGACUGAAGGAGCUUUUACGCUUUGUUUACACGGGAGAAAUCCGCAUCACAUUCGACAACAUAGGCCCCGUUCUGGCUGCCGCCUCCUGCCUGUACAUUGAUGACGUCGUCACUGUCUGCAAACAGGUCAAUAAUAUGCUAAUGCAACCAGCCGUGGAUAAUGUGAUCUACUUUCACCACCUUGUUGAGAAGUACCACCUCAUCGACAACCUCAACUACUUUGACGACUUCAUUUGUAAGAAUUUUCAGCAAGUGUAUCGCACAGGGGGCUGGCCAAAUGCGACUUAUGGACAUGUGCUUGAUCUCCUGAGUGACGACAACCUGAAUGUGGACCGUGAGCUGGACGUCUUCUACGCUGCUUUGGCUUGGAUUGAUGGCGACCGUAGCCACAGGUUGUCUUAUGCUGCCGACCUGAUUGGCUGCGUGCGUUUUGCUUACAUCACGCCGGAGGAAAUCGCCAAACAUGUGGAAACAAAGCAGUUUCUUUUCCAAGGGGACGACGGAAAGGAGCUGCUACUGUGCAUUUACAGACAUCAUGCCCUGCAGACGUGUGCGUGUAAGGACGGGAAACAUGUUAAGACACUGCCUCGGCGGAAAUAUCGGCUAGUGUCACACGUUGCCAAGUUGGCGGCAUCUCCGCCAGAAACGCCGACACAACGUCGGCAUUCUCAUAGUCUGCCUCUAGUACCGUCUCGUUCUGAGGUCAUUCUGGCUGCUGGCGGCGUCAACCCUUUCCAGCCCGAGAUGGAGGUACAAGCGCGGCUGGUGGAGCAGUACAACCCACGUAACAACCACUGGACCACGCUGACAAAAUUGCCGGACGGGAGACAUCAUCACAGCAUGGUGGUCCUCGGCGGCUGCCUCUACGUCAUAGGAGGUUCUGUGCUGGACGAGCUUAACCCUGGACAUUUGUGUAACCCCACAGGAAGCUGCUACCGCUACCAGUACGGCAAUGACCAGUGGAGUGCCAUAGCCCCUCUGCUCACGGCCCGCAUGUACCAUGCCACUGCUGUCCUCGGUGACCGCAUCUUUGCUAUAGCUGGCCAGACUCACCAUUCCAGGCGUCUGUCAUCAGUGGAGUUUUACCGGGCCGACUUGGACGAGUGGGAGGCGGGGCCGGAUCUAGAAGAGGCCCGUAUCGGCGUGGCGGUCGCAGCCUACAUGGGGAUGCUGUUUGCUGCUGGUGGCUUCCUGGAGACAGACAACGAACAGCUGGUGCGAGAUACCGUGGAGGUGUACGACAACAAGACACGCCGGUGGACGAGGCGAAAUCCUCUUCCCAGACCACGUUGCCAUGCCGGCCUGGUCGUUUGCAUCGGGAAACUGUACCUGAUCGGGGGCUCCACCUUCCCUGGCGACAGUCCUAACGUUCUCAGUCUGGCCUCCGUCCUGAGAUACGACGAAGUUAAUGACAGGUGGGAGAAAAUCCAGACACUGCGCAUGCCGCGUCACGACAUGGGGGUCGCUGUGCUGGGCACCCGUAUCUUUGUGGUGGGAGGAGUGUCUUCGACCGACAGCAAGGUGUUGAGUGACGUGGAGUGUCUGGACGUAGAGGGCAAUUUCUGGUUGAAGGACAUUGAGGCUCUCGGCAACCCGGCCUUGGGACUGUCGUGCGUGACAGUUCCUGGCGACGAGUAAAAUGUCAUCAUCGCCAAAGAACUAGCAGGACAGGAUGUCAGCGUUGACCUGCCUUUCAGCAAAAGUGUGGCCAAACGUGACUGUUCGUGCAUUCGAAGGAUAACUCGAGUUAUCUAGCAAUGGUCGGAGGGCGGAUGUUGGGCGGUCUAGCAGAGAAUAGAUGUAGGAUUUCACUCACCAGUAUUUUUAUCAUGCACGAUAGAGUAUGUCUCAUCAGACACGCUCUCGUUAUUUCUAAAUUUAUCUUGUAAAACGAGCAGUUUUUAUUACUCCUUUUCUCACUCGCUUAGAUAAAAGAAAAAAUACAUACUUUUUCGAUUCUUUUGUGACGUUUUGCUUGUAGAUGACAUUUGCUUUAAACUAAACAAAAAAACUGCUUUAUGGUGUUACUCAUACAUGAAGCAAGGUUUCAGGUGUGGUGGUUUAUCACUACUUUUGUCACACUGAAACAAAAGAAGGAAAGCUGCACUCACAGAUUUUGUAAGACAUCCAGACUAUUGUGAUACUACUCAUGUAUGCGAUUUCUAAGUUUAGAAGUCGAUCUGUUACAUAGAUUGCUACAAAGGAGCAUGUAUUUAAUCUACCAGCUUUCUUGAAAAAUAUUUCCUUACGCACUAUUUGGAUGCUGUACUGCUAUGUUAAAGUUUUGUAAUAAAUAUUUAAAUGCCA